AAACGAUACACAUAAAACUAUAAACAUGAAAUAUUCACUGGGCAAGCGCAAAUGGCGUGUGCGAAGAGAAACCGCGCCUAGCAGGUCACUCAGUUUUGGCACUGCAUGUGUUCGAGCAGGAUGCGAAUGUUAGCGUUCCGACGUUCUUUCCGGUGUUGAGGGACUGUGAGGGAUUUUGGCGAGGGCAUCUUUUCUGUUGCCACAGAGCAGAAAGAAGCUCGUUCUGAGGUGAGUGAUUGAGGUGGCUUUUGCUAGUACUCGUCUAGUACUACCGAAUCCACGUCGUUCUCGUUGACGCCUCCAGCUGCUUCAGUCGAACCUACUAACUGCGCCUCGUCGUUCGAUGGUAUGUAGGAUAGCAAGAGUUCUUGUUGUGAAGAAGAUAUUCGAUUUUGUGCGUAGUCGUACUGCGUUCCCCGCCCUUUCCGGGAUUCCUUCGUUUGAGAUCACAGAAGCAAGUAGGUUUGAGCGUGGCCAUUUGCACAUUCUUCGGAUUCUUCCCGAAAAGAACCAAGUUCAACAUGUUGAAGCGCAACACGGCGAUGCAGCACACGCCCAUGGUGCCGCCAGUGGGCUUCAAAUUUGUCCCUCGCCAGCAGCACGUGUGCGGCCAGGCGGGGUGUUUCGAGUGCUACGACAUCUGGUGCGAACGCUGCGAAUCGAAGGACCGCCGGAUCAUCGAGCUGGAGAUGCGAAACAACGAGCUGGUCAAGCACAUCACUCUUCUGCAGAGCAAACUCUUUCCGAAAGCGGCCGGCGCUGCGGGGGCGGGAAGUUAGAGUGUGGCGUGAAUGUGGUUUUUUCUCUUUUCGAAGAAAAUUUUAAAAUUUUGUUUUGUCAAAAUAUUGUAUUCUUUUUCAGCUUCUGUUACUGUUUUCCUUUUUUGCGCAAGAUGAUGAUAUAAGCAUCGAGAUAACUUCUAACAGACACACAGGCUCCGUGAGGAAGAUACAGAUCGAAGAAUCUUGAUUCGAUUUUGAUUUGGUUUUGCAGUUGAAAGUGGUUAGCAUUCGUACGCUUGAGAUUUAUGCUCUCGAAUUGCAGAACUUCAACUUGAGGUUUCGCAUUUCUCAUGAUGGUUUUUCUUUUUUGACCUCUAACUUGUUGUCAGGCUUGCUCUCUCAGGUUCGAACGCAAAAGACAAAUUUCCGAAAAGAGUGCAGCAGGGAACUGCAGGAGCGCGAAAUAACAAAGAGAACG